AAGAGGAGUGAUGUGGGCCGAUGGUGAAAGUCACAAAAGGCAGCGCAAGACCAUCAACCCUGCCUUUGGCGCAGCUGCGGUUCGCAGCUUGACUUCUAUUUUCCAAGAUGUCGCUCACAAGGCAGUGAUCGCUUGGGACGCUGAGAUAGGAUCAAACAGCGGAACUGAUUGCGCUGUAAUUGAUGUUCAACAAUGUUCAUCUACCGGCAUUUCCCACAAAUUGGUUAUGCUCGCACAAAGUUUUCCUUCCAUCAUGAAGCUACCAUUACCUCGCACACAGUUCGCCCAGAAGUUCAACCUGAUCAUUGGCAAAAUAUGCGAGGAGAUGCUAUUGCGAACGCGCAAGGAAAAAGAGACCGGUGGCGCUGACCAGGGGGACAAAUCAUGUAUGGGGCUGCUCUUGAAAGCGGAAGAAUCUGGUGAGGGCGCGGGGCUGACCCCACAAGAGGUACUAGCUCAGGCGCGGAUGCUACUUUUCGGCAGCUUUGAGACCACGGCAGGUAACACAUGCCAAACGAAGCUUCGUAACGAGUGUCUAGAGUUCGGGUCAACCCCCUCGUAUGACGACCUCAUGAAUAAGCUUCCCUACUUGAACGCUGUAGUGAAUGAAGUUCUUCGCCUCCACCCAUCAGUUAUAGAAAUACUACGAGCAGCUACGCAAGAAGAAGUGAUCCCACUCAGCGAGCCCAUGCACACGGCUGCUGGUAACUCUACCGACAAUGUUAGUAUGUGGGGGCGUGACGCAAAGGCGUUCAAGCCUUCCCGGUGGCUCAAAGAGGACGAAGGAGCUGGAGAAACACUGCGUGACUAUCGUCAUCUGAUGACCUUCGGUAAUGGUGCGCGGACGUGCCCGGGGAGGCUGUUUGCGUUGGCAGAGUUCAAGGCUGUGCUGUUUGUUCUUGUGCAAAACUUCGUGUUUGAGAUGGCAGAUGGCCCUGGGGUGAAGAUCGCCGGAUGUAGUGUGCCCCUCCGGGUGCGCCGCUAUGACGUGUAAUUGU